AGAUGGCGGACGAACGGCGGUGGCUUCCCGAAAAGGUUUCAAAUCUACCUUUAACAUUUUUAUAGACACUCCAAUAUUUUUUUUCUUAAGCUCACGAAACGAUAGUUGACUUUGGAGCGAUGUUGUUUUAUCUGAAGUGAAGAUUGAAGACGUGAUAGAAGAUGGACGACUACUGCUAUGCUAAGAUGGCGACGUCCGCUAAAAGAGAAAGUGAAAGAGAAUCAACUUCCAGCAAAUCACCAACGGAGGAAACUGCAGAUAAAGACGUCCAGCAGCUGAUUGGUCAUUCAGAAGAACUUCCACCUCAUGUGCAGAAGCAAGCGUGUCCAUGGCCUUCCCACAUUAAAGAGGAAGAGGAGGAAUUCUGGAUAACGCAGGGAAGUGAUCUCACCAAGUUGCCACUGACUGUUGUCUCUGUGAAGACUGAAGAUGAUGAAGAGAAACCACUGAUUUGUCAUCCAGAAGAACUUCCACCACAGCCGAAGGGCGAGGGCUCCGCUUUGAAGCAAGAGCCAGAGCGUCCAUGGCCCCCCCACAUUAAAGAGGAAGAGGAAGAACUCUGGAUAACAGAGGAAGAUGAUCUCACCAAGCUACCACUGACUAUUGUCUCUGUGAAGACUGAAGAUGAUGAAGAGAAACCACAAGUAGACAACCUUUUAGCUCCACUAUCAGAUAGUGAGGCCGAAGACGACAAGGAAGAACCUUUGAGCAGCGAUACAGACUGUGAAGGUGAUAUGAGGACUCACACUGACAACAAACAUUUCAGCUGCUCAGUUUGUGCUAAAAGCUUUAAUCAUAAGAACACUUUGACUGGACACAUGAGAACACACACAGGAGAAAAACCAUUUAACUGUACAGUUUGUGGCAGAAAUUUUUCUCAAAAGACCAAUUUGACAGCGCACAUAAGAACGCACACAGGGGAGAAACCAUUUAGUUGUUUAGUUUGCGGGAAAUUAUUUUCUCAAAAGACCCAUUUGAAAGAACACAUGAAAACACACACUGACAACAAACACUCUGGAUGUUCUAAAAAGACGAGAGAUAAACAAUGUUUGAACUGCUCGGUUUGUGCUAGAAGCUUUGGUAAUAACAGAAAUUUGACUCAACACAUGAGAACGCACACAGGAGAAAAACCAUUCGUUUGUCUUGUUUGCGGUAAAAAGUUUUCUCAAAAGCCCAAUUUGACGCGACACAUGAGAACACACACGGGAGAUAAACCAUUUAAUUGUUCAGUUUGUGGGAAAGUUUUCUCUUAUAAGAUCUAUUUUACAGCACACAUGAGAACGCACACAGGAGAGAAGCCGUUUAAUUGUUCGGUUUGUGGUCAAAACUUUUCUCAAAAGGCCAAUUUGACAGCACACCAGAGAACGCACACGGGAGAGAAACCAUUUAAUUGCUCGGUUUGCGGCAAAACAUUUUCGCGCAAAACCUUUUUGACUGCGCACAUGAGAACGCACACAGGGGAGAAACCCUUUAAUUGUUCAGUUUGCGGGCAACAGUUUUCUCUUAAGGCCCAUUUGCCAGCACACAUGAGAACACACACCGGGGAAAAGCCAUUUAAUUGUUCAGUUUGUGGUAAAAACUAUUCCACCAGGCAAAAUUUAAAUCGACACAUAAUGAAACACACUGGAGAAAAACAUGUUUAGUUUAUCAUUAUGUGGAACAAGAUGGCAGAUAAAUACACUUAUGUUCAGACAGAAAAACACACACACGGGGAUUAAUAUUCAGUUGUUCAGUAUAACUAGUCAAAGUAGCAUCUAGUGUGAUCACACUUUUUAGGUGACUUAUCACAUGUGAUGUUACAUUUUUAGGAUUUGACAUUUUUUUUGAGCACAAACCGAACAACUCAAGUGAUGGUGAAGAACAGCAGCUACACAAACUUGAUUGGUUGAGAACAAGAUGGAUGGUGUUUUCCUCGCCUUCCUUUUGAAUCACAGAAGUGUACCGUAUUGUUCGGACUAUAAGGCGCACUUAAAAUCCUUUCAUUUUUUCAAAUAUCGACAGCGUGCCUUAUAACCCGGUGUGCCUAAUGCAAUUUUAUUUG